UCACUUUUUUCAUUACUUAAAGAAAGAAUAUCUUAAAACAAUUGGGUAAAAACAUAAACAGAAGAGACAAUAUGAUUCGACACUUCUCUUUGAUUCCACCACCGCUUGAAAUGACGAUUCACCGUUCCGUUUGGCAUAAUAAUUCGCGGGAAAUCGCGAUAGACCCCGCAUUGGAUCGAAUCGGAAAAUUCCCAAUCGAUUGGGACAAUUAUCCUCCGGCAAGUUUACCAUUAGUAGAUACUGAAGACAAGCGUCAGCAAGAUCGAAGAUGAUCCAUGCAGAAUUUGAGAGAGGAUCUAUAAGCUUCACACGACGAACCGAGAGAGGGAAGAGGAAGAGGGCAAAUCGAGUUUAAUUCAAUGGAAUUGGAAUCAGAUACUUCCGGCUUAAACAACAAAUGGGUAUCAACAGUCGCUAGCGUAUGGAUUCAAUGCACCAGUGGAUCUCUUUACACUUUCUCCAUCUACUCCCAAACCCUCAAAUCAACUCAGGGAUACGAUCAAUCCACUUUGGAUAUUGUUUCUGUUUUUAAAGACAUCGGUGUCAAUUGUGGUGUCCUUGCGGGAUUUCUCUACUACUUUGCCACCACCCAUGGUGGUCGUCCUGGUCCGUGGAUUGUUCACUUCGCCGGUGCGAUUCAGUGCUUCUUGGGGUACUUUUUUAUCUGGGCUGCCGUUUAUGGGGUCUUCCAUCGGCCGCCGGUUCCCGUUAUGUGCCUUUUCAUGUUGGUGGCUGCUCAUGCUCAGAGCUUCUUCAACACGGCUAACGUUGUCACUGGGGUUCGAAAUUUCCCCCGUUAUAGUGGGACGAUUGUUGGAAUCAUGAAGGGGUUUCUUGGUUUGAGUGGAGCAAUAUUGAUUCAAAUAUACGAGACAAUAUUUAAUGGACAACCUACUUCGUUUCUUCUAAUGCUGGCGCUGCUACCAACCCUUAAUUCCUUAUUGUGUAUGUGGUUCGUGAGAAUUCACCAUGUUGAUGAUGGAAUUGAAAAAGAGCAUCUGAAUACCUUAUCCAUAAUUACUCUGGUCAUUGCUACUUACCUUAUGAUCAAGAUAGUUCUAGAGCAUAUUUUCACCUUCCAAUUCCCUCUACAUGUCGCUACAUUUAUUCUACUUUUGAUGUUGCUUGCAUCUCCUCUAUAUAUUGCAAUUAGAGCCCAACAGAGAGAGUCCAGAAGGACUUUGCACCCUUCUUUCGCAGAGAGUGACCAGCUGAUUGGUCGUCACAAUCGAGAGACUUUGGAUUUUGACCAUGAACGGGGAAGGGAAUCUGAAGAAAGCCUGACUCUCAUUCAAGCUUUAUACACAAUAGACUUUUGGAUAUUGUUUUUUGCAACUGCUUGUGGCAUGGGAACAGGGUUAGCUACAGUGAAUAAUAUGAGUCAGAUAGGGUUAUCUCUCGGUUACACAAGCUCGGAGAUAAACACUUUGGUUUCCUUGUGGAGCAUUUGGAAUUUUUUUGGUCGUUUUGGAGCUGGGUAUGUGUCGGAUUAUUAUCUGCAUGCCAAAGGAUGGGCUAGGCCAUUGUUCAUGUUCAUCACUCUAACGACCAUGAGCAUUGGACAUGUAGUGAUUGCCUCGGGCCUGCCUGGUGCUCUCUUUGCUGGUUCAAUAGUAGUGGGUGUUUGUUAUGGGUCUCAGUGGUCACUAAUGCCAACAAUUACUUCUGAAAUAUUUGGUGUUCUACACAUGGGUACUAUAUUCAAUGCCAUAACAGUAGCAAGCCCUGUUGGAUCUUAUUUAUUUUCAGUAAGAGUUGUUGGGUAUAUAUAUGACAAGGAAGCAUCAAGUGAAGGAGAUGCUUGUAUUGGAACUUACUGCUUCAUGUUGUCAUUUUUUAUUAUGGCUUUUGCCACUCUCUUGGGCUCUUUCGCAGCCCUUGGCUUAUUUUUCUGGAGAAGAAGUUUCUACGAUCAAGUUGUUAUCAGAAGGCUGCAGCACCCAUCAAAUGGAUAAAAAAUAAAUACCGCAAUGGUAUAUACAAAGGGAAUUUUGGAGGUUUUUCCUGGUUGCUGCUAAUAAGGUAAUUGCUUGAUGUACCAUCAUUUUUCCUUUCUUAGAUUGUUGUAGGUCGAUUUAUUAUGUUGGGACUUUGGAGGAAAAACAAUAUCAUGCGUUAGCAUACCUGCAGAGGUAGGCAUAUGUGCACAAUCAUCUAUACUUAAGUGUUUACUACAAAUAAGAACACAAAUUAUUUAACAUUCUUAGGGAAGAAAUGAUCGAAUUAGAGUUCCCUUGUGGUGUGAUUUGUCUGGCUGGUGAUGAAACCGUUAUUAUAUUAAAUCUCAUUGACAGUAGAAAAUGAGAAUAACAGGAAUGUGAAGGUUCAAGAAUUGAGCAAGUAAUUUUACCUUGAAAUCUGUUGUGAAUUUUAUCUUUUAAUCCACUAAUGGACGUGCAAUUUUAUUUGCCGGGGAAAAUGAUGGAUUCGUUAAACUAUACUUACAGGCAAGUUUUUGCUAUUGGGGCUCACAUUUGACCACACCGUCGACACUUCAAUGGGUCCCAUUUAAGGCAGCUUCAUUCGGGAAUGUGCCUAGUUAUACAUUACUCACCCAUUAGUUCUUCGAAAACCUCGUGAUAUUUUUUGUCUAUUGUUUUAUACGUUAAUAACCCCCAUUAGUUUCUUCUUCCUCGUGUUAAUUCCUUUUCCACUUUCAUUUUGUCAGCGAGUGUCAUUCUUUUUUCUUCAUUAUGUUCGUUUCUUUAGCAACUUUAUAUAUAAGAAAGUUUACAGUCGGUCUUGUUUAUAUGCUUAAAAGCUACCUGUUGGAGAAUAUUAUUUGACAUUUUGUAGUAUAUUUUGCAUUACAUAAGCAUAACCUGGCUUUCUGUGUGCUUUGCACCUUAAAAACGUGUUGUAUAGAAUAAUGUUUUCUUGAAUGUAAUUCUUUUAACAUUACCCAAGCAAGAACCGUUUAAACCAAUUAUGUUUCCACUUUUUGGAUGAAGUCAUUGUAGUUGAAUCUCCAGUUUUUUAGGUCGGCAUCCAUCCAAGCUCGUAGGACUCAUAUGCAUGCAACAUAUGUCGUGAAGCAAGAAUCAGCCAGAAUGGAGGACUCUUACAUGGUUCUGUCAAUAAAGCCUCUAGUUCACUUGAUUGAGAACAGAGUUCAGGGUUGGCCAAGUGCAGGAGAAAGGAGUUUCAUACUUUCAAAGCACGAACUAAAAUGUAAACAGGGUAUUCUUCUGGGAUUCUUGCCAAAAUUUGGAGCCAUCCAGCUCGGACUCACUUUGCUUCUGUAGUUGGAAGUCCUUUACCAUUACCAUUUAUUCAUUGAGUUGUAAAGAAGUAAAUAAUCUAUUAAGCUAUGUCUGUAGUAGUAAUCUGAGGAGGAAAGAAUCUCUGCUGAUCUUGUUUGCUGCUCGAGUCAUUUACUGUCAUGUAAAUAGUUGGCUAUUAUAUUGCCUGGUAGUGUGAAGAAUUUGUCAUCAGAAAAGCGUGUUUAUAAUGUGUAGGAAUAUGAAUACACUAGGUGAUGGGUAAAUAAAGCAACAAUUUACAAAAGUUGCACAAUCAAA